UUCUCUCUUGCUCUUCCUUGGUGGAUGCUUGUCACCUACUCCUUUAAAGUUCCCCACUCCCCACUCUCACACUUCUUCUACCUUUCUUUUUUUUUUUUUUGACGAAAACACACUUCUUCUACCUCUUUUCCACAAGAUUAUUUAUCCUAGAAACCAAAAGCCAUCACAGAGCAAGCAAAGGGAGAAAGGAAGAGAGGUUGAGGGCGAAAAGAAGCAAGCAGCUGCUCACUCAUCAAGCAUUGUAGUGCUUGCUCUGCGUUGGUCUUGUUGAGUUGUCUUUGUGCAGGAAUUCUUGCUUGCUCGGUGAUGGAUAAGCACACCUGCAAGCUUUGCUUCCGGCGGUUCCAUAAUGGACGUGCGCUGGGCGGUCACAUGCGCUCCCAUGCCAUGGCCGCGGGGGCAGCUGAGAACUCGCCGCCGCUGUCGCAGCAGCAGUCGCCGCCACUCUCGCUGGCAUCCACUUCGUCGACCGAGAUGGAUGACAAGCCUACGCAGCGGAAGCCACUGGCGUCGUGCGUUUUACGCGAGAGCCCCAAGAAAAGCCGCAAGGUGGGCACCCCUGAAUUCUCCGGCGGCGGGUUGGCCUGCGGCGAGUCGUCUGUUGUGCAGGACGGUGAGAGCGACACGGAGUCGUCCCCGCGCGGCAGCGCUCUGUUCGCCGUGAGCCGCCGGCGCUCGAAGCGGGCGCGCCGGCGCGUGCCACCACCGGCGGCGCCGGAUCCCGAGCCGGCGAGCAGCGUGUCCGACGCGACGCCGGAGAAGGACGUGGCCAUGUCGCUCGUGAUGCUGUCUCGGGACUCGUGGACGCGAUCCAGAUCCGAGCCCGAGCCCGACCCCCACUGGCCCCCCGCGAGCUCGGAAGCCGAGCAGAACAACGACGACAACGUCGGCUUGUUCGACGACGCGGACGAGCAAGACCGGGACGUCGCCGGCGAGGCGAUGGCCGCGCGCCCACGCAGCAGGCACCAGUGCGGUGUGUGCAAGAAGGUGUUCCGGUCGUACCAGGCGCUGGGCGGCCACCGAGCCAGCAUCAAGAAAGGCAAGGGCGGGUGCGUGCCGGUGCCGGCACCCCCACCGUCCAGGGCUCACCGCGCCGACGCCCCGGUCAUCCACGAGUGUACGUUCUGCUUCCGUGUGUUCGACUCCGGCCAGGCCCUGGGCGGCCACAAGCGCGCGCACAUGCCGUCCGCCGGCGCGCCGGCCCCGUCUCCAUCGACGCCAGCAAAAUGCGGUGACAGCUCGGGGUCCAUCGAUCUCAACGUGCCGGCCGCAAUGGACGACGACUUCGAGCUCUCCGCCGUGUACGAAGCAGAGUUCGGCAGCACCAGACAUUGAGAUCACCUGCUGAUCCGAUACCCACUGCCGAUGCCAACUUCAGAUCAGAAGAUGUACUUACACAAGCUCAAGAAUUGCAGCUCAUCUGCUGCAUGCAAGGACGGAUUCGAUCCUUCGAGGCAAGGGCUUGCGAUCCAUGCAAGAACCAGAUGGAGAACAAGUUCAGCAUUUUGUUUUCUUUCUUUCUUUUUUUUCUGUUACUCCUAUUGAAACUGUCAGUAGUACUGAAUUAGUUGAACAGCGCAACAGGAUUCAUUUCUAGUCCCCUGUAUGGCUGUAUCAUACCUAAUCAAUCCAUCACAUCAAUUUU